AUGACUACUGUAGUGGACAGUCAUUAUGGCUACGUCGCGCCUCUCGCUAGCGCCUGCACCUACGUCUUAGCCACAGCCUGCUACGGCACGCACGUCUGCCCGGCUUCGAUUUGUCUUGUUGCAAUUCACUGUCUGCACCCCGCACCUGGUCGAUUCUCUACCUGCACCAUGCGAGGCUUGUCACUAGCUUGCGUGGGCUCGGAGCCAAUCAACGCACCUCCUCUCGCUGAUUGGUACAUUGGCGGGCACAGCCAGACCACUAGCGUAAACAAUCUGUCACGACACUUUUGCAGCGGCGACCUUCGGCGACACACGGCUCGUCGCUCUCGCGGACGCCACCUCCGCGGCGCCGGAGGCAUCCUCGUCCGGUUGCCAACUCCCCUUCACUAUUUUGCCCAGAACAAAUAAGUCAUUUUCCUCUUCAACUGGCGUCCUGCUUCUAACAAUUUGGGAUAUGGCAGGAAGUUGUGGCGUACUGAGCGUACACCAUCACCGCUUAGCCGCUACACUACACAGUCAACAGAAGUCUCCAAUGUAAUUAUUAGAACCAGUAGUAUUAGCACAAUUACGUUUCCUCUCACUAACGCGAACAAUGCGAAAACAUUUUCACUACUGAAAAUGUAAGAAAAGCUGCACCCUCACACCUCAAAGAGGCGUGCUAAAAGCGGUAAGUAGAAGCCAGUAAACCGCCUACUUUCAAAACAUUCUGUUAACUGUAGAACGCGAUGUGCAAAUUCAUUCGUGACAAAACGUGUAAAACACAACGAUUUAAAAGCGAUCACUGAAAUAGAAUAGCGGACGCGGUAUUGGACUAAGGAAGUCUUUUUGCAGUUUCGUGAAAGGAAAAUAUUACACAGCAUGGUUUUGUAAGUCCUUACAAAUUCAUGUAUACCGGUUUCUGCCAAGUUCGUUAGGCGUACAAAUCUCAACUAUGACAUUUUUGUUUCGGAUCUAAACCACGAUCUUCUGACGCAUAGCUCAGAUGCUCUGUACGCCGGACUACGAAAAUUUUAGUCAGUCAGGGACUCUUUCCUAGAAUGUGCGGUGGUCUUUCGUGCCCGGUUGUCAGGCAAAAUACUAGCGAAAAAGUGAGCAAGCUAUGCUGGCCACUGAGUGCCGGCAGGAUCGGCAUACGACAGACAAAAAACAUGGGUUAUUAGGAAACAUGGAGGCAAAAACACAGGGUAGUAGCAGUCUCUAAUUCUUAGUACAUUAGCACAGGAAGAAAAAAUGUAUCUUUCAUUACGGUAGUUUUCAUAUGUAUCGAGGUUUUUCGCUGGUCUAAAUCAUCCUGACAUGUUUCAUAAACUGUUUUAAAUGUCCGACGAAAGGUCUUCUCCCGCAGAGUCGUUGGAGCCUGGUAAAAACACCAAUGCGGUUGUGCUUCUGAGACUGUUGAGACAGUUAAAAGCAGACUCUAUACCCAUUUUCUGGGAAGCUACUGUGCAUGAAAGAGACCGUACCAGUAGCGGCAGUCUCUGUCUUGUGCACACAUUGAUGACUUUUCACUUCCCAGAAUUUUUACUUCCUAUAGGGGGUUCAAGGGUAGAAGCUCCAUUCCCUAAAUAAAGUGAUUUGAUCAUCCUCUGAAGCAUUAGUAUUAUAGCUUACAUGCUCAUUCCCCUAAAUGUGCAAUUUAAAUUCCCAACAGUAUUUGUGUGGUGGGGUUAUUCCUUCCGAAAAGUUUCUGGACUUCCCCAUUUUUGUGAUGUAUACAGUGUGCUGAACUCUGCUUGCCGUCGCACUCCUGGACAUUCCUUCCAUUAGAUUUCCGACAAUUAUCCAGAUGCUUUACUUAUUUCCGCUUUCUCUUGUAGAUAGUUUUGGCAACGGGCAUGACCAUUUGGCACCAUGAAGGAUUAAAGUUGAACUUGCGGAUAUAAUAUCUUGAGCCUUCUUUGCCUCUAAGUCCACCGGCGCUAAAGCCUCUAUGAGACGCCGCCGCCUAGUCUAAUUUAUUACUACUGUUAUCGUGGCGUCACAUGGAUUUGGCAGUUCCACAGGCUCUGAAAGAGUUGCAGGUUUAGUGUUUUUCCGUAGCGUUUUUUGGAACAUAAGAGCCCUUAGUAACGUAUUUAUAUUAAAUUAUUAAAAUUCAUAGGUAUAACGUUUUUUUUUAAAAGCAACUCGAAAUGCCUAUAAACCUACAGAUUAAACUCUCGAAGUUUGGUCAAUCUUGAUGUUUUCUCAACAUUAAUCGUUCUUCCUGACUUGAUUGGUUUUGGUCUGCUGGGUAGUUGUUUGCUAAUAUAUUUGAAAGUUUUCUGAAUUUUGGGUGGAAUGAAGCCUAGAGCUAUUAUAAUAGCUCUAGAUGUACUAGAACUAUUAUAAUAGUUAUAGUACAUCUUUUGACCAGACCUGCAAAGUUCACUUCACGGCUGGCAAUGACUAUUCACUGAAGCUCAAAUAGCUAAAACUCCGAACACAUAAAUAUUGGGUAAUAUACCACAUGGUAUAUUACCAAAUGCAUAUGCACUGACUGAUAAUUUCUACACAACGUUUUGGAAAAUGCCUAUACGCAUCCUGAUUGCCGCUAAAGUGAGAUGUCUUUUCAAAGCAUGCCAAUUUUUAUUUAAGACUCGUCUUAAUAUAAACAAGUAAGAGACGAUAGUCGAGUUCGACUUAUUCUGGACCUGAACAACGUACGAGGCUGUCCAACACUAUACGCGUGAAGGGAAGAGGUUGUCGUUGCAUGCAUAAAUCAGUGCUUGUCAACUUCUUGAGCCGACAAGGUUCGUUGCUAGUGUCUAGCCGGGAACUCUGAGGUGAUUGUCGGGUUGACCGCGAGAAGUGGCCACCCAGGGAGAUGGAGGUUAUGCGCGGUGCCUUGGCAAGGUCAUUUUUUUCAAAAUACUGAAUAUGUCAGUUAAUUAUGUGGACGCUCGAGGGCCGGACCUCUCGCACCUGUCUUAAUGCAUGAUUACGGUUCCGACUCAGAAUCCUAACAGCCGGGUUGAAUGGUGUGCAUCAUCCUUCGUAAAUUCGCGCCCAAAUUCUGCAACUAUUUAUGCUAAUUAUGAUAGUUUAUUACAGCCCGUGUUUGUCGAUUGCUUUUUCUGCAACUACAGUCCAAUUUGUGGACGAGGUUUGACGUUCCUUGUUUGGUAAUUAAGCUCUAAUGUCUUCUAACUUAUUGAUGGCGUCGUCUCGAGCUUAUGGACCAAUCCAACCCCAAGUGAUCUUGGAAGUUUAACAACGGUCGCCCAUACCCCACUGGCCUAUGGGAGUCUAGGAGUUGGUUGUUUGGAUUUUCUGUUAUGGCCCAAUGCGGUCGUAAACUAGGGGAUGCGGAUAUCCGUUACUUCUAAGCAGGUCCACGAGAUGGUUUACUUUGAGUAUGGUAUUAGCUGGCGCAUUCAAUGGGUGCCUUCUCGACUGCGACACGUGCGUACGCUGACUCGCUUUUACUGAAGCAGGUAGUUGCUCUUAAAACUUCAAGUUUGCAUUACACUCGUGGUGAUCUUACCAUACUUUAAUUUAAGCACGGCGCGCCAAUUCCACCGUCACCCUUUUAUUCUCCAUCUUCAAAACACAAAGAAGUAUAAGAAGGAAAUUUACUUGAAUAAUAAACCGUAUGGACCCUUUUUGCUGAAAAAACAGACGUUUCUUUUUGGCUAAUUUUAAGGACUGCCUGGCGACACUAUUUCGAAUGGUAGUAUUUAACAUAAGAUGGUUUAAAAUACGUUUGCAGAUGUCCGUUAGAUAUUAUUCGGUUAGUGAUAUAAGAACAAAUUUGCAGUACAUUGUGAGUCGACGGACUCUUGUGCUACUGUAAAUGAGUAAUGUGUUUUAGUUGUGCAACAUAAUAUACCCGUCAGACAUUAAUUCUUUAUAUGUGCUGGCACGUUGUCUCAGAAAGUAGUCGUAGACAUUUUUUAUAAUGGGCUGACCUCUUUCCCCUUUUGGAAAAACUGUUGAAAGCUGAUUCAUGUGAAGCGUUUGUUAUAUUUUUGUGAAUUGUCAUUCACGUUUCUUUCAUUGAUGACAGAUGUCGUCCUUUGUACCCCAACCCUGCCCCGAGAAAUUUAUCUUAAGAUCACUAAGUAAUUUCUAACAAGACCAAUGAAUGUUUUGGCCAAUCUGAACAGAUAAUCUGACUGUUACAUUGGGAUAACAUCAGUGACCCUAUCACAGUUCGAACCCGCAUCAGAGACGACAACGAUGUAGUGUAGCCAGAACUUCAUCAAAUAAAUUACUAAUGUAAAGAAGACAAACAGGCAAUCACAGGGACAAUGCACGUAUUAGUCUGAACUUUUGGUCUUAUACAGGAAUCCACUAUCAGAUCCCAUGCCGUGCCUGUCCUCAUCAUUAUACAGUCCAGACCAGUCGGCGACUUAGUUUGCGAAUAAUGGAGCAUAAACAGGCAGUCCGGAAGGACGGCCCACUGUCUCAGGUCGCUAUUCGUACCCUGGAGAAUGGCCAAGAAGUAGACUACGCCAGUGCGCGGAUACUGGCGCGAGCUAACAGCAGGACGAGGCGGGAACUGCUGGAUCCCCGGGUGUCUGACACCAACUCCACCAACAGACACGUUGAUAUACCCCCUCCUACUACCACGCACUUCGCUCACACGACCAAGAGGCGCGACCCCAUUCCCAGUCAAGGACGCACGCCGUGGCGACUCCGUGGUAUGGCUUAGGCCCAGCCCUGUCGAGAACACAACCUCUGCCUCCCCCUCUUCUUUGGCAGACCACAAAGAUUACUCAUGUUAUGUUGCACUUUCACAGUCUCUGAUGAUAACCUCCUGUACGCGACCGAAAGUUCGUACUAACACCUGUAUUGUCCCAGUCAUCACGUGUUUAUCUUCUUUGCAAUAAGAACCUAAGACUCGGAUAUUCGCUUCCAUUCGUGUAAACUUUAAAUCUCAUGUAUACUAAGUUGCUGCUUUAUGAUGUAGGUGAGGUGUUGUCGAACAAGAUGGCGCAUGCACACCAACAAUGCCAUAAUUUGCCCUCGCCAUUGGGACAGACCCAAUACUGGAGAUUUUUUAAACGUAGUUAAGCCAUACAGAGAUUUACUAUGCCAUUUGGACACCCAGGUAUUGGAUUUUCUAGACACAAAUCGUAGGUAAACUGCAUUCUAUGGCAUUUUCUAUCUGAAUUGGACAGGUUUUAAUAUCUCGUCAGAAGUUAGCCAUCCUUCCUAUCCCGAAAAGUUGCGUGCAAAAAGGUUGCAGUAGCUUAAUGCUGAGAAAGUUUUAAUGGGCAAAUGCUCUGUGGCUCACUGGACUCGAGUUUAAACCUCAGACGCUCCGUCAAAGGGGGUUCGGGUUCUCCUGCCUGAUGGAAAAAAUAACCCAUAAAUGACCGGUCCAGUGUCUCAAACCUGUGUGGACUUACUAGAUAAGCUGCCUACUGCAGGCUUCAGGACAAGAACUGAGAGACUUUGCAACGCCUGACCAGAAAUAGAUGAUCUGGUACUAAUUAAAUCUAUCGCUUCGCUUUUUUGCCCAUUACGGGAACAGACUGCUGACUCAACUGUUAACAUAGGUAUUUACUGCGGCGUAGGCUAUGAACUCUCAAAAUUGGUAUCCUUUCAGAUUCCACGUCAGCCCAAAAUUGAUUACCUUUAAUACCAACAUCAUCGAUUAUUUUUGUUUGCUGUUCUUCGUUUUUGAAGUCCUCAGGCGCAUCAGUCCAAUACACUGCGGCCUGGUUCCAGAUAUUCAGCCUAUCAAGUAUGAACCCACAUUCGCUAAAAUGUACAUUUCAAGAGGCAAAGCCUCUUUUUCGAAAACUACUAUCUUCAAAGAGUUCUCCUCUUAAACAUUCUAAGUACGCAAACUUAAAAUUGUUUAAGUGAUAUUUCACUAAUCUGCAUUAAUGUCAUUUAACCAUCACAGUUUUGAUCCUCACAAAGCGUGGCAGGUAGGGUAGCUACGCUGGUGUCACUUACAUAUAUGGUAUUUGAUUUCUGAUAAUUCAGUCCUCAUGAAUCAUGACUGGGGUGCCAAUCUGUCGAAUGCGGGUGCAAAACUUAGUGGCCUUGUUAUUGAUAUCGUUCGAGUGGCAUUCACCGGUUUAUCCAACAGGGUGUGCUCCUUUGACUCAAUGAGUGGUGCUUGGCCCAAAUGAUCGAUUACCAACUGAUUCAGGCUUCAGUCACGGGUCUGUUCCGCUGCAUUUUGGGGUUUGAACGGUUUACAACAACAAAUAAGCCAAAAAUCGCUAUUCUAGUUCCUACCCUAUUUCUCUAAAACCGUCUGGAAUUUCAAAAGAGGAUGUGAUAGCCGAAACAAGAGGUUUAUUAGCCCGACGUUUCGGAUUUUCACUCUGAACUACCGCCAGAGACACUUGACCUUGGCAGUGCUGAAAAAGACGAGAGACCGGAAUGGCCAUUUCUGACUUAUUAGGCGUCAUCAGCCGGUCAUAUCUAACCCCAGGUUUUGCGACCCCUGAGGCUCGAAUCCGCGAGCUUUAAGUUCAAAGUACAACGCACAAGGCUUGCAAAAGCCAGUGUUAGGUGCGGCGGGCUAACGACGACGAGUAGACCAGAAACAACCGUUCUAGUUCCCCUGUAAUGUCAUCCCACCUAUAAUACUGGCCGUUGGGCGGCUAUUGCCGGAAAUCAAGACUGAAUCAUAAGGCGCAACGAAAAGAUUGUGACCCGUAACGCGACCUAUUAGCGCCCCUCUGCCACAGCCGACUUUAUUAUAAUUUACAGGUGGUACUCCAUUUUUACUCUAACAGAUCAAUAGGAAUGAUCAAGUCUUACAAUCUCCCUUGUCGUUCACCAAUAAAAAUAUCCUCUGACGAAACUUAUUUAACUUCCACCCACGUUUUUCUAUUUAAGCUAGCUGCUGAGAAAUAUGAUGCUAUUUCCGAUGCCGUUGAAAACGAACUUUCGUUGGCGGCGAAGGACUUUCAACGAACUGUGUCCUUUACUUCGACAAAUCUCCGUAUUAUCACCAACCUUUCAGGUACAAAUGUUUUGCGCUAUAAAUCCAGCACUUGUGUUAGCCAGAAUGUUCUGCAAUAA